AUCAUCUUCGAUUCAUGCAAAAAGGACACACUUCACAUUCUGAAUAAGGACAGUAUCUCCCAAGCUGUUCCUAUAAAAAAAAAGCUCUAACACUCUCAAAUCCCAACCAGGUCAUUCCACAAUCACAAAGACCUCUCUCUCUCUCUCUCUCUCUCACAACCAGGAAGAACAUGGCAAGGAAGCUUGGCAUUGCUAUGCUGUCCCUCUUCGUGAUGCUCCUUCUAGUACCAGAAAACCAUGCGACGAUUACGGAGGCUCCGUCGCCACAACCCGAGGCCACUCCGGGCCAUCUGCCCCCGUAUGGUGCCAGGGAAGGCAGUCUUAAGCCCCAAGAGUGCGGACCGAGGUGCACGAAGAGAUGCUCGAAGACGGCGUACAAGAAGCCAUGCAUGUUCUUUUGCCAAAAGUGCUGCGCCCAAUGCCUGUGUGUGCCUCCAGGUACCUACGGAAACAAGCAACUCUGCCCUUGCUACAACAACUGGAAGACCAAGCGCGGUGGCCCCAAAUGCCCCUGAUCUUCUCUUCCUUUUCCCCUUUCAAUCUCUCUACGACAAUCGUACGAGCCCAUUUGACGCCGCAGCAAUUGCACUGUAACCGUGUCCCGAAGUGUUGUAGGUUCUAUACUGUUUGGAACAGUUCUCUUGGAAGCUGCUGCUAAAACUAUUGUGGAGGAGCUGUAUGCUGUAUAACCUCUGCUUUUAUGUCACUCUCCCGGUUGAUUCUACGUAAUUCAUUUUAACUACUUUUAAUAUAUCAGAGUGGUCAUUCAACCAUCCUUGAUGUACCAAGAUGCGGAGAAAGCUCGGAAAUGAAUUAAUUACCGGCCUAUUAUAAGUA